AUGUGGCCACCUCGACUCCGCAACCCUCACACUCGCAUCACCCGCGCCUUCACCACGGGCCACACCCAGCGCAUCUUCCACGACUACUUCAUAACCCACCUCCCCUCCUCGUCGCUGCACCCCGAUGCCACGAGGUCCGGCGGCCCGCAUCACAAGCUCCCGCGCGACAAGGCCUCACCGCACACGCCUGGCGCAACCAAAUCAGCUCCCGCGGCGCCCCCGCCCAUGGCUGGGCCGUCGCGGGAGAUGGCUGUAGUCAGGAUCCCAUUGAAGAGCGCGAAGCAUCAUUUCGGGGUCACCAUGUCAAGGGGGCAGCGGCCGUACAACGAGGACGCGUACCAAGCGGGCGUGAUUGAGAUCCCGGCGUUUGCGAAGCGGAGGCCGGUGUCUUUGACACGGGGCAGGGACCAGAAGGAUGAGGUUGUUGCUGCCGAUGGUGCCGGAGGAGAUCCGCAGGUGUUUUACUUUGGCGUGUUCGAUGGGCAUGGAGGCGGGGAGUGUAGUGAGUUUCUCAGGGAGCAGCUGCAUGAUUAUGUGGAGGAUAGCGCGAGGCAGUUUGAGCUGGAGAGCAGUCUCAAGCAGCAGGGCGCGGAGCGGUCGAGCAUGGGCGAGAAAACGAGACCCGCGGCACGCGUCGAGGAGGUCGAGGCCGAUAAGCAGAGUCUUAAAUCGGUAAAUGUGUACAGUUCGGAUGGGAUCAAGCCAGUCAAACCUCCACAAUCUGGUACAGACGACACAUCGCCGAGCGCAAAGGACCGGAGCACUAAAUCGCGGCCACCGGCUGGCGCUCCCCCGCUCGCACAAUCCGAAAGCGUAUCCAAAGCCGAAGAGCUGGAGCGAAACCUCGUCAACUCCUGGAAAGAGCUCGUAGGCGGCUACUUCAAGCGCUUCAAACCCGAGUACUUCUCCCUCUCCGCCGGCGGCCAAGGCCACACUCUCGAAAAAGACACCGCCCAAAGCAAGCAACCCUCUUCCAAGCCGCCCACCUCCAGCACCUCAAGCAUCGGUAUCGAAACCGUCCUAACCUACGCCUUCCUAAAAGCCGACUUCGACUUCGUCUCCGCGCAAGUAAACAAAACAGACGAAGACGCCACCCAAGCCGACCGCGCCCUCAACGACGCCGACAUCCUGGGCAAACCCUCUCGUCUAAACAAACCGAUCGGUGGCCCCAAGCGCUUCAAGGGCGGCAGUACAUGCAGCAUCGCGCUGAUCUCGACGCCUACACCCACGCCCUUCUGGAACCCGUCCUCGCCCUCAACACUCAUAACCUCGCACGUCGGCGACACGCGCAUCCUGCUGUGCAAGACGUCCAACGGCCUCGCCAUCCCGCUGACCAGCGACCACCACCCCUCCCUGCCCACCGAAGCGACUCGGCUGCGACGCUACGCCGCGACAUUUGUGACCGACUCCUUCGGCGAAGAGCGCAUGUCCGGGCUGGCCAACACGCGCGCCUUUGGGGACAUGGGCAGCAAGCGCAUCGGCGUCUCCGCCGAGCCCGAGAUCCGCCGCAUCGAGAUCUCCCCCGCCGAGUACUCGUUCCUGGUGCUCGUCUCCGAUGGCAUCUCGGGCCCGCUCAGCGACCAGGAGGUCGUGGAUAUCGUCAAGGAGGCCAAGACGCCGGAGCAGGGCGCGAGGGCUGUGGUGGCGUUUGCGGAUAUGGUGACGACCGACGGGGAUAAUGCCACGGCGCUGGUGAUUAGGCUCGGGGGUUGGGAGAGGAGGAGUGAGGGGGGGUUGGGGAGUAUGGGGACCAAGGAGUUGAGGGAUUGGAGGAGGGCGGAUGCGGAGGAUCCGAGGAGGGGGAGAAGGUGA